GCAAUCCAAUGAUAUUAGUGCAGAUAAUACAUCGAUAUUUACCCAUUCCUGUAGGGUAAACAGAAUUGCAGAAUAUUAGAGCGAUUGGGAAUUAACAAUCGGGAUGGAAGCACUCAGCGAAGAGCUCGAACCACCCGUUAUUGUUCCCUGAGUCACGUGAUAUAAAACAUUAUUUUAACAAAACAUAAUCAUUGACACAGCAGAGCAUUCCAGACAUAUCGUAAAAAUGGACGCCAUGCGAAAACCAAAAGUGGUCAAGAAAAAAGUGACUAAAGAUUUGCCCCCUCCCGAAGUUAACGAAACAGACCCACUACCCAUGGAGGCAUUCACAGACAAGAAACCGAAAUUUGCAGAAUUAGUGAAGAGAAAUCUGGAUAGCAUCAACAAUGUCAGUCUAAAGGAAAGGACAGAGAACUUCAUCAACGAAACCAGUUUCACAGCUAUUGCCAGAAUUGUAAAAGCGAACACGAUAGUGAAGAAGAUUCUAUGGUUAAUCCUCGUGCUCGCAAUGAUGUCUUGGUUAGGCAUCCAGUGUUACUGGCUCUUUGAUAAAUACUUCAGUUAUCCUGUAGAGGUGAAAAUUGAACUAAAAUCAGCUCCUAAGUUGGCUUUUCCUAGCGUCACUGUGUGUAACAGGAAUCCCCUGAAGAAAUCAAAACUGAGGGACUCUGUGUUUUCUGGACUGACACAAAUGUUUGAUUUAAAGACUGAUGAUACCUUAUACAACGGAGCAAUGGAUCGGCUCCGAGACCAGUCACACGGUCAUGAGGGUCCGGAUCCACACACGAAUUCCUCCAAUCUCACGGCCUUGGUCCAGGAAUACGGGUUCAACAUGUGGGACGGGCUUCAGAAUGCAUCUGUAAGGACUGCGUUCUACAAAACCUCCAGUUCUGAGAUAAACGCGGGGAUAGCCUAUGCCUCCACAGCUCUUCUGGAGGAUGAUGACGUCAUAGAGGAAUUUGGUCACCAGAAGAUGGACAUGAUAACUUCUUGUGUCUUUGCCGGAAAUCUGUGUUCCCCGGAGAAUUUCACCUACUUACACAACAGUAAAUAUGGGAACUGUUACACAUUCAACUCCAUCAAAGACCCAAAUCCACCGCUGUACACGUACUAUGCAGGCCCGCUAAUGGGCAUGACGCUUGAGUUCAACAUCCAGCAGGAUGAGUACAUAUCUGCCUUAGCACCGGAUGCCGGAAUUCGUGUUUCAAUACACGAACGUGGGACGUAUCCAUUUCCCGAAGAUGACGGCUUUACCAUAGCUCCUGGCAUGGCUACCUCUGUGGCGCUUAAAAGGGUGUACAUCAGUCGCCUUGAACCUCAGCACGGAAACUGCUCCAGUAAUCCAACAAAUGUGGAUGAAUACAUGAAGAGAUAUGAGUUCAGUUACCACAGGCGUACCUGUCUAAAAAGCUGCUAUCAGCAGAAGCUGAUAGAUUAUUGUGACUGCGCGUGCUCAAACUUCAUCGUUCCAAAAAAUGUUACUAACAUCUGUAAUUACGAUAACGAAAGCAUUAGAAUUUGUACCAUGGAGACGAUAAAGACUUGGGACACCUGUGAAGAAAAAUGUCCAAGCACCUGUCAAGAAAAUAAGUAUGAAACCAUGGUAACAGCUUCUGCCUGGCCCUCUGAAGCCUAUGAAGACUACCUUGAGAGUCGUAUGAAGCUGACCACAAGCGAGUACAUGUCAGGGGGACAGAAAACUAAAAUGGAUAAUAAUCUUGUAAAACUGGAAAUCUUUUUUGCUGAGAUGACAUAUGAAAGCAUCGAAUCCCAAAAGGCGUAUGAGUCCCAGAACCUAAUCUCUGAUGUUGGAGGACAGCUAGGUCUUUGGUUGGGACUGUCCGCCAUUACUGUGGGGGAGAUAUUUGAGUUCGCUAUGUCUGUGUUCCGCUUGUGUACAGCGAAAUUCUUCUCCAAGAGACACCGAACAACAGAUUCGACACCCAUUACGACGUUCAAGAGUGACGCAUCAUAGACUGGGCAAUUCUUGCCAAAGAUUGCUAGCAAAUUUGACAGCUAUUGUUUUGCAUUUAUACCUUGUUAUGGGAUUUGAAAAAAACAAAAAUCUGCCUAAUCUGCUUAAAAAAUCAGAUGUUGGAUUGGUUAUAUUAUAUAAUGUAGAGGCGAAGAUAAACAACCAUUUAAAACAUCAUAUUAACUCUCAUAAAAGCAUUACAUACUUAUCAUAAAUAAUUGUACUGUUUAUAGCUUUUUUCUAGAUCGAUCAUAAUUUUUGUUCGUUUUCUUCACAUUUUACAUUUAUAUACAGUCUAACAGGUGUGAUGCCGUAUACAAAAUGCUAAGGAUUGUUUCCUUAGGAAGAAUUCUUAUUUUUGGGUCUUUAUUCUUUGACCAUUCAAAAGUUGCAUGAAAAAAAAAAUCUUAAUUCUAUCUGUCUUAUGUUUCAAAAUUAGGCGUCGAUGAUUUCAAUUUUUCCUACUUUUAAUCUUUAUCUAUAUCUGUAUAUUAACCAACAGAAUAAGUUUCAUCAAACUAGCAAAUGUAUCCUUGAUUCAGAAAAACUGUAAAUCAGAAUGGCGGACAUUUUAGGAGUAUAUCAUAUUUUGUUAAAAACAGAAAGAAAAUGAAAAAAAAAUUAAAAUGUGACAUAAUUUUUUUUGCUUCAUCUAUAUAACUAUCUGAGAUGGUGAAUAAUCGCAAUAAGUACUAUUUAAUUUGUUGGAUAAGGCAAAUGUAAAAUCAUAUAAUACAAGUUUCCUCAUAUUCAUAUAACAAACGUUUAUAAUACAGUUUUUACGAUACAUUGAAGCAGGAUUCAUUUCAACAGGUUGGGUAUUUCUUCCGCAUAGAUUUUAAUGGUAAAACCUCUCAUUUCCAUUAGACAUUCAUGCCUUCGACUUUAAUGCAAAUAUUUGAUAAGGAGUCUUUGAUGCAACAAAACAUUUUUUCCGUUUUUGUUUGUAUGUUUGUAUGAGACUUUUUUUCCGACCCCAUGUAAAUUUAAAUGCACACCUUAAAUUUGUGACAGCAAUGUUUUUUUAAAAUC